AUGGGCUUAACAGACACAACAUCAAGCAAAGAAAAAGAAACAACGCAAAAACCCACCUAUUCGUCGUCACAACUUUUAAGUUUACCACAAGAAUUAUUCAUGGACAUUUGCGAAAAUUUACAUCCAAAAGAUUUAUACACGUUAUCCUUAGUUUGUAAACAGUUCAGGAUUAUAUUAUGGUCGAAUUCGACAAAUACACAACAAAUAUGGUGUAAUUCAAGAUCGAAAUUUUUAAAAUCAAAUAUAAAGCUACCCAAUAGUUUAACUGAACAAAAAUUUAUCUGGUUAGGAUUUUUAGGUCAUAAUUGUCAAUAUUGUG